AUGCGACAGAUCGCUCUUAUGUCGAAGCUUGGAGGUGCCGACCCCAAGGCGAAUCCUUCUCUUGCCUUUGCCAUCGCAGCCGCAAAGAAAAACCAACUCGCUAAAGACAUGAUCGAAGUCGCCAUCCUAAGGGGCCAGGGUAAAUCACUUUCCAACAUGCCCCUGGAGCCGGUCACCAUUGAAGCACUCCUCCCAUAUGGCGUCGCAGCCGUAAUCGAAUGCGAAGCCGACAAUAAAAAACGAGUCCUCCAAAACAUCCUUUUGAUCAUCAACAAGGCCGGUGGCAGUGCCGGGCCUACAGCGUAUCUCUUUGAGCGGAGGGGUCGCAUAGAAUUCGAAGAGCAGGACAAAGUCGGGAUUGAUGAAGCGCUGGAAGAGGCUAUCGAGGCUGGCGCAAUUGAUAUUGUGGAGGAGGAGAACAAACUCGUGGUCGAGACGCCGGCGACCGAGCUCGCAGCCAUUUCUGCGCGGCUACAAGAAUCCCUCAAGAUUCGCGUGGAGAAAUCCAGUGUCAUCUAUGUCCCGAAAGAAGAUACGGUGGUGCCGCUCACGGAUGAGCAGGCCGAGCAGUUACAGCCUGUGUUGGACGCCAUUGAAGCUGAUAAUGAUUUCCAAGCUUUGCAUAUUAAUGCCUCCUACAGCUGA